AUGGAGAAGGUGUUGGAGAGGUUUGGCAUAGUUAAUGCAAAGUUGGUCACCAACACAUCAUUGGAAAAUUAUUUUAAAUUGUGUACCACUCGGUUCCCAUGGACGGACAAUGAGGUUCAUGACAUGUCAAAGGUCCCCUAUGUUAUUGCAAUGGGAUGUUUGAUGUAUGCUAUGGUUAGUACAAGACCGGGUCUGGCACAAGAUGUUAGUGUGAGUACUUCAGACUAUGGCAUCAUGUUCGGCAUGCAACAAAGUGAUCCAUCAGUUUUGGGUUUUGUGGAUGCAGGCUAUGUAGGGGACUUUGAUGACAGGAAGUCUACAACAAGGUAUGUUAUGGGAGGACCUAUUUGUUGGAAGUCUAGGGUACAGUCUCAGGUUGCACUAUUUACAACUAAGCUAGGGUAUAUGGCAGUAACCGAAGUUACCAUGGACAAGUUCAAGCAUUGCUUGGACUUGGUUAAUGUCUCCAAUUUCUAG